UGUGCCGGAAGUCAGCGUCAAGCCCCGGUUUCGGCGGCGACGUUUUUUCUCCUCGCUUGUCCUUUUUUUUCCCCCAAAUCAUCGGGUGUUUUUUUUCUCCUCACCUCCGUGUAUUUCCACGGGCGCGAUGGUUAGAGUGGGUUCGUGGGGUUAACGUUACGCGUUUAGGACGCUGCUGAUCCCGUAUCAGCAGUCCUUAGCAAGGCUAUAUUUAAAUAAAAGGACCUAUGGUUUAUAGAAUAAUCUUCUCCAUUAUAUUAUGUGGCCUUUUCGAAAGAAAAAACAAACAAACCACAAAACACUUAAUUUUUCAUUCGCAAAAACAAUGAUACAUUAUGUGCAUCUGAAUACGUCUGAACAACGUCUCGACAAGAAUGGUCCCGCCAAACAAGUCUGCAUAAGAAACACAAAAUGUUUGGAGCAGAAUAAUGGAGGAUUCCCAUUUUAACUCCUACUUCUGGUCUCCAGUACAAGGACAGAUUGAGAAUGCUGUAUUUCUAAACAAGGUGAAGGAACAGCUGGUGCAGGACAAAAGCCCCACCUACCCACAUGGCUCCUCCCACUACCCCACCACAGCAGUGGUGGCAGUUGCUGGGGGUGUGGCUAUGGACACAACAGCUGGAGGGCGGGCGCUGAAACAGGAGCAGACGCAUCAGCCCCAGUCGUCUCACAGCAUCACCGUCGUGCCGGUCCCCUCUACCGGAAUCAUGACAGCAGCGGGCUUGGUCACUCUGGUGUCUCCUGUGUCCUCUGCUUCGUCUCUUAUCCCUGGACAUCCAGCGACUACUAUGAUAACAUUACAUACAGAUAAGAAGGAAGAUGCUGCGUCCUGCUCCCCUGUUAUCAUACCAAUACCGUCGAAACGAGGCAGGAAGAAGAAAGCCACCCUCCAGAUGGUGGGCCCGCCCACAGGAAGUGACGCGCUGAUGCUCAGUCACCUGACUGGACAGCACCAUCCAGUCGAACACUACGACCUUUCCGCGGAGGACGGCCACGCGGGGAAGGAGGGAGGAAAGACGUACAGGUGCCGGAUGUGCGGCCUCACGUUCUGCAAUAAGUCAGACAUGCAGCUGCACGCCAAGUCUCACACGGAGGUGAAGGCGCACCAGUGCCCGCACUGCUCCAAAUCCUUCGCCAACUCCAGCUACCUGGCACAGCACGUCCGCAUCCACAGUGGCGCCAAGCCCUACAUCUGCUCCUACUGCCAGAAGGCAUUCAGACAGCUCAGUCACUUACAGCAGCACACACGAAAUCACACUGAAUCCAAACCCCAUAAGUGUCCCCACUGUUCUAAGUCCUUUGCAAACACCAGCUACCUGGCCCAGCAUGUGCGGAUUCAUACAGGAGUGAAGCCCUACACCUGCUCCUACUGCCAGAAGUCCUUCAGGCAGCUCAGUCACUUGCAGCAGCAUCACAGAAUCCACACGGGAGACCGGCCGUAUAAAUGCAGUCAUCCCGGCUGCGAAAAAUCCUUCACUCAGCUGUCAAAUCUCCAGUCUCACCGCCGUCAACACAACAAAGACAAGCCAUACAAGUGCCACCACUGUAACCGUGGCUACAUCGACUCGGCCACCCUCGAGGUUCACCUCUCCACUCAUACGGUGAAGCACGCCAAGCUCUACUCCUGUGGCCUGUGCAACCGCACCUACACCUCGGAGACGUACCUUAUGAAGCACAUGCAUAAACACUCUCCGGAGAUGGCGGCCGCCCCGCAGGGGUCGGUGCCGGCCCAGCGGAGCCACAGUCCGGGCCAGGCGGGACCGGGACCAGGGGCGCCAGCGGAAGGCGCUCCGACAGCAGGUGCCCAGAGCCGGGGCGACAGGGCCGGUGCCUACCCCCAGGCCGUGUUCGACCUCCACCAGUACAAGCCGCCGCUCGUGCCGCUGCCAGACCUCCAGUACAAAACGGUCAGCAUGACCGACCUCUCGCCUCACAAAGACCUGUGUAUCACAGUGGAAGCCUCAGCUAUACAGGUGGAACAUCUGAAUUCGUGAGGUGUGAGAGUGGAUCCCCUGGAACAGGGGACGCUUAGAACAGGACCGACGUUUAAACGGGGGAGAAAAAAAAAAAAAAUGAACACAGGAACUGUGUGAACAGAAGCUGCCUGAAUGGAAACCAGUUUCCCUACUAGGCAUGUUUGUGUUCGAGGAAGCAGGUACUGUUCAUUCUAAUGGAGGAAUACUUUUUUAACUUUUUGGGCUUUUUUUUUCCCCCCUCACAAUUAUCCUGUUCUUCCUGUCAAAAGUCUUCGGUGAAAGACAUGGCUGUUUCUAUGGUUACACUGGUCAAAUGACUAAACCUUUGAACUUUUUUAUUUAAUAUAGUGGUUUAGUGAUCUGUAGGUAUUUCUAUCUACUGCUAUUACAGUAUGAACUUGCUAUUGUCAGACAGCAUGUAUGAGCUCAUUCAACAUGUUGCACAAUAUGCAUGUGGUAUUUUGCCCUUUAAUUUUUAAAAGGGCAAAAUCAAUUUUCGGUCAUGCUGAGGGGGAAAAGUAUAUCAAAGAAUCUAGUAUAUUGUGUGUGUGAGUUAAAGACUAUUUCAAGUAAUGGUACAAAAAGGAAGGCAAUGUUCCAGCAAUAGCCAGUCUGUGAAUCAUGAGACGAAUAUGGCCUUGACAUGAUUAACCCGCUUCACUAUUCAUUCAUGUGGAUUCUGUAAUAAAGGCACUAUCGUUAUAUUACUUCAUAUUAGUAUUAACACCUCCUCUCAGACACCAAGCCCCGUCCUAGACAUUAAAAAACAAGCGAAUUAGAAUGAAUCGCCCUUUUAAAAACAAUAAAAAAAUUUGACCAAUCUGA